CGGUCGUUCGCCAUUUUGAUUUGAAGUCUGGGUAGACGGUUGAUUGUGUGCGUGUGGUUUUGCGCGUGGAUUUUCGUUUUAUUUAUAGUUUAUCAAUCAAUUGUUUAACUGUAAGAUCACGUACGAAAUUCUAUCACGAUUAGAUUUCUGCGGGAGGGUAAUUCGGCGGCAAACUACUUAGUAUCCAAAGAGACAAUUAAAAGGCGCCAUUCAUUUGCACAGCGUGGUUGGGACUUGAGGCCUACGAAGGCCUCUAGUAAACGUCACACUGAAAACAAAGGGAGCUCAGCGCAGCUUAUGUUCUAAGCCUGCACAUUAUAUUGUGCAAUUGUGAAAUCAUUUAGCGGUGUUUAAAUCGCAAUCUUUGGACGUUAAAACGAGUUAUUUGAUAAUCGUAUUAAAGUUGGGCCGCAUUGGCGACGGAGAAGAUGGCCGAGUGUUAUAUCCGAGUGGCGGAAGACGAGAACGAGGAGCCCAUGGAGAUUCCUUCGGAGGAUGAUGGCACAGUGCUACUGUCCACUGUCACGGCGCAGUUCCCCGGAGCGUGCGGCCUGCGUUACCGGAACCCGGUGUCUCAGUGUAUGAGGGGGGUUCGCCUGGUGGAAGGCAUUCUUCAUGCGCCGGAGACUGGCUGGGGAAACUUAGUCUACGUGGUCAAUUAUCCUAAAGAUAACAAAAGGAAAAUGGAAGAAAUUGAUGCAGCAUCAGCUGUGAAAGUAAAACGUGCAGUGCAGAAAACGUCUGAUUUAAUUGUUCUUGGUCUACCAUGGAAGACAUCUGAACAAGAUUUAAAGGAAUACUUCAGCACCUUUGGCGAAGUGCUGAUGGUUCAGGUUAAACGCGAUAUAAAAACAGGGAACUCCAAGGGCUUUGGCUUUGUCAGAUUUACAGACUACGAAACACAAGUGAAAGUUAUGUCACAGCGACACAUGAUAGAUGGAAGGUGGUGUGAUUGCAAGUUGCCCAAUUCAAAGCAAAGUCCUGAUGAGCCUCUAAGAAGCAGAAAAGUGUUUGUUGGUCGUUGUACAGAGGAUAUGACUGCUGAGGAGCUGCGACAGUUCUUUAUGCAGUAUGGGGAAGUUACUGAUGUCUUCAUACCCAAGCCCUUCCGAGCUUUUGCGUUUGUCACCUUUGCAGAUGACCAGGUUGCCCAGGCUCUUUGUGGAGAGGACCUAAUAAUUAAAGGAGUCAGCGUCCACAUCUCGAACGCCGAGCCUAAACACAAUAAUAGUAGGCAAAUGAUGGAGCGAGGGGGGAGAUUUGGUAACAAUCCAGGGUUUGGGAAUCAGGCCGCGGGGUUUGGAAAUAGUAGGGGUGGAGGUAGCGGGCUAGGCAAUAGCCCCAAUAACAACGUUGGGGGUGGAAUGAAUUUUGGUGCUUUCAGCAUUAAUCCUGCAAUGAUGGCUGCAGCACAAGCCGCUUUGCAGAGUAGCUGGGGUAUGAUGGGCAUGCUAGCAAGUCAGCAGAAUCAGUCUGGGCCCUCUGGCAAUGCUCCAGCAGGCCAGGGCAAUAUGCAGAGAGAUCAGGGUCAGGGUUUUGGCUCUGGCAACAAUAAUUAUGGUUCAAAUUCUGCAGGAUUGGGUUGGGGAGCAGGUUCGAACUCUGGCACAGGCAGUGGGUUUAAUUCAGGGUUUGGUUCCAGUAUGGAAUCAAAAUCUUCUGGGUGGGGAAUGUAGAUAGUCGCGUUUUUUUUUUUUUAUAUAAAGCAUUUUGUUUAUAGAUGGUAAGUAUUUUGAAAGGUCUUUGCAGGAUUUUUUUUUUUUUUUAUUGUCCAUAGUAAUGGAAAUAUUUUUGCCCAUUUUGUAAGAACUGAAUGUCUGCACAAUUCUUUUAGAAGAUUUAAAUGUGCAAGAGUGUCUGAAAGUUUCUGUGUUUGCCAGGUUAAAAGCAACACUAACUGUUUGAAUUCUCCACCCCUGCGAAAUUGAGUUUGUGGCAAACUAGAUUCUCUGCAUGCCUUGUAAAUAAUUUAUUCCACAGACAAGCAGUUAACCUGCAUGGUUGUAUUCCUUUUUAAAUCCAGUACUCCCCACCAGUCAGUUUUUCAUGUUUUGUAUGUAGAUUGUCGGGUUUCAAAUGUCGUAUAGUGGGGUGGUUAUUUUUUUUUUUUUUU